CGUUCUGAAAAUAUUUCACAAGGAUUAAUUAUCGGAUCUGGGCGUUUAAAUGGUAAAACUGAAAAUUCAUUUUCCAAUUGCAAAUAAUGAAACACCAUUGCAGAAAUUAAACGCUCAAAGAAAACAAAGAUUGUGCGAAUCAUAGAUUAACAAUAAUUAAACGAAAACGUGCAACUGCUACACAUGUUUAUUAAUAAGAAGGUAAGAUAAACUGAAAAAAAUCCAUGUACACACUGAUUCAUAGAAAUAAGAAGGAACUGUUUCACCAAAUAGAUAUAUAAUGAAAAUGUGAUAAUCAAAUUUGUUUUAGGCAAUACAGGAAAAUAGUGUCGAAGAAAAUGAACCGUGGUCGGAAGUUUGGUGACGUAAAACGGAUGACUGUCAACGGUGGGUCAGGAGUGGAGGAGGACACAACAUUCUCGAACUUGGCCCAAUUCAACGGUCCCGAGACCGCCCUUGACAUUGACCCCGGCGCCGAGAACACUUGUACAAACUUCGCAAACACCGAGAUAUACCGUCAGUUGCGUCCACUGCUGAUAUGCAUGAGGCUUUUCGGACUGUUUUUCAGGCGUACGAUUGACACCAAGGGCCGCCCGUACAUGGAACCUGUGGUGAUGUACUGUUUUAUAGUGAAUUUCUUGAACGUUCUGAAUGCGAUACGGUCUUUCACUGUGUACAGUUCAUCCGACGAGUUUGAUAGCGUGAUGGUCCAAAAGCUACUGUUCACAAUCUGGAGCUCCGAGUGCACCUUUAAGGGGUUGCUCUUGAUGUGGAACUGCUACAAGCAGGACGGACUUCCCAAGUUCUUCCUAGAAUGGGACGCCGUGUGUGGCAAUGUCAAACUCAGCAAAGUAUGCAUGUUCAUGAUGAAGAAAUACAUAUUUCUCUCCUUUAUCUUCAUCGGUGUAAAUUCAAUUGUUUUCACGUUGACACUUAUUUACGUACCCAUGUUGGAAACUAUCUAUUUAGAAGUGGUCUGGAAAAAUGCAUUGGAAUUCAAAAAUAAUCUGCAUUUCAAAAUGAUAUUAACUUUUCUGGCAGUGUUAAAUUCAUCUUCAUCAAUGUUUCCGAUGUCUUUGUUUAUCGUUCUUUCAUUUGCCAUCGGCAGGAGACUCAAGAAAUACACGGAUGAAUUAGUGCUUGCAAUGUCGUUUGAAGGUUUCAAUGAAAAACUAGAGGAUUUCAGAAUCCGCCAUCAAAACUUGUGUAAAAUUGUGCACAUUUUGGACAGCAUUUUUGCACCCAUGCUAGCAGCGGUAUAUAUCGCGAACAUUCCCAUGUUUUGUCUGGUCCUGUACACUAUGGUGACCACUCUGGACCUCCACCUGUCAAUCCUUCUGAUAAACCUUUUCUGGCUGAGUUUUAUACUGCUGCAGAUGACCCUCGUGUCGAUAACGGCGGCCUGGGUUAAUGUACAGGCGCACUCGCCGCUGGAGCAUAUCUACACCAUCCGGUUUUCUCGAUCAUCCAACGACACCCAGCUACAGAUGUUCAUGUUCCUGAAUCGACUGACGGGGACACAGGUGGGGUUGUCCGCCAUGAAACUGUUCGUGGUCGAUAAACCUACUAUACUCACAAUUGCCGGUAUGAUGAUCACGUAUUUCGUGCUGUUGAUAGAGUUCAAAAUGCCAGCGGAUACGAACUGCGCAUGCCACGUGAAUGGAACCAUCGUCAUGGACAACAGCACGUUGCUGAUCUCACAUGUGUCGUACACGUGACAUACCCGUGACAACAGAUGCAACGUUAUAUUAAGCUUGUGAUAUAUUAAGUCCUGGGCCGUUUUGUUUAAUACAAUAAUUUGUAUAUAAAUUAUCUGACUUUGGCGCCUGGGUUUUGUCGUAAUAUUUGUUUUUUGUCGACUGAUUUUUAACAAGGAUGGAUCUUCUCAUAAUUGAAAACUGUAAGUCGACAGUGGAUGGUGAACAGUGCUAUGUAAACCAUGUCAUGUUUAGCAAGAACUAUAUAUUGUAGAAGAAGUUGUUGCAUUCUGGAUGUCAUUCACUCAUUAUUAACAAUGUCUUUAUUAAGAAUGUAUUUUAAACUAAUUGUCUCUAAAAAAAAAAACGAAAUUUAUUAAUGUAUUUGAACUGCAUGAUUAGCGCUAGAAAUUAGUGUUCUUAUCGUAUGAAUUGAAUAAAACUACAGGAAGCGUGCAAGCCCAAUAUCCAUGCCAAUAUCCAUAUAAAAAAUAUGUAAACAAAACAAACAACCGAUGCAAUAAUCUGCCUUCUCUCAAUUUUGGGGGUUCCGCAUUGAAAUGGUGAAUGAAUUUCAUUGUCGGGCACACUACUUUUUUAACUUUUUCUUGGAUAACAGCAUUCGGGUGGUCAGAGAAACACGAAUUAAAUUUAAAAAAAAACAAACGAACUUGGAUAAUAUAGAUGCAGUGAAUAGCAUAAUGUAUUGCCUUGUCUAAGCCAGAGACAAUUCAUUCGGAAAUAUAUCAAUGGGGGGCUAAAACGGCUUUCUAGUACUUAAACUCACACUUGUAUCAUUAAAGAAUAGACACCACACCAUUUACUAGUAUUUCUAAUUCUUCAGUUAGUCAUCUUGUAUUAGUCUUUGGACUACUCGGUGCCGGAAACACUUGCCAGUUUAAAAGUAACGCUUAAAAACAGAACCCUAUAGUCUCAAUAUUACAAUGAAAAAUACAGUCAAGAACUAUUAUAACAAAAUAAAUUGUUUUAUUGUAAAACACAUAACAUCUAUUUACGAUUUAAAAUUAAAAGAAGAAGGAAAAUUGAUCUAAGCCAACCAAACUCGGU